GCAUUUUGAUGGCUGUUAGUUAGCAGCAUUACUUUAGGCGCAUGUGUAGUCUCUCACGGACUGUUCAACCUUCAAAGGCAAUGUCGUUGUAGAGGCCUAGCCUGUUCUGAGCAGCUCGCAACCAACACUCACGCCAUGGUUAGCUCAUCAGUAGCUCGUGGGCUGGAGGAUGCGGGGCUCAAGCGCUUUGUCCCCGCAUUCAGUGGAGUUUCAGACCAGGCGUUCCUGGGGCUCAUGAUGAGCGACUAUGCUUCCUACGGCGUUGUAGAGCUUGAAGAUAAGCAGCGGCUCUUCAGGCUUAUCAAAUCUAUCGCGGCGUCUGUGAAGUCGUCGGAUGCUCCGGCUCCAGCGCUCGAGAAGCCGAAUGCGCUGAUCGAUCUUGAUGAGAAUGACGGGGAUCUACUGGCCGACGCCGGCGUCAACUUUCAGCUGUCGCCCCUCGCGAACCAGAACCCAAAGGCGCCCGUGCCAUCCGGGGGUGGGGGCGUGCCACCAUCCGAAGGAGAGGACCCGCCCAAAAUCCGUGUCGUCGUGCGCAAGCGCCCCAUCAGCAAAAAGGAGCGGGAGCGCGGCGAUGACGACGUGGUGGACGUGCUGGCCAAAAACAACACCGUCGUGGUGAACGAGGAGAAGGUCAAGGUGGACCUGACCAAGUACCUGGAAAAGCACGCGUUCAAGUUUGACGAGUCGCUGGACGAGAACGUGAGCAACGAGGCCGUGUACCAGCUCACGGUGGGGCCGCUGGUGCGAACGCUGUUCCGCAACGGCCGCGCCUCAUGCUUCGCGUACGGCCAGACGGGCAGUGGCAAGACGUACACCAUGUCGCCGCUGCCCAUCCGCGCCUCCGCCGACAUCUUCACCUUCAUGGCGCAGCAGCAGUACCGGGACAUCAGCCUGUGCGUGUCGUGCUUUGAGAUCUACGGCAACAAGGUGUUCGACUUGCUCAACGCACGCAAGAAGCUGAACAUCCUGGAGGACGGCAAGAAGAAGGUGGUGGUGGUGGGGCUCAAGGAGUUUGGCGUGGACGACGUGGACGGUGUCAAGGCGCUGAUCGAGGAGAGCGCCAAGAACCGCUCCACCGGCUCCACCGCCGCCAACGCCGACUCGUCGCGCUCGCACUCCAUCAUGCAGUUCGCGCUCAAGCGGGCCGCGCCCGCGCCGGCCGGCGGCUUUCGGCGCGGCGAGGAUGCGCCUGAGCCGCGCGUGGUGGGGAAGAUCUCGUUCAUCGACCUGGCGGGCAGUGAGCGUGGAGCCGACACAUUUGACAACAACCGUCAGACGCGGCUGGAGGGCGCGGAAAUCAACAAGUCGCUGCUGGCGCUCAAGGAGUGCAUCCGCGCGCUUGACAGCGAUGCGCGCCACGUGCCGUUCCGCGGCUCCAAGCUCACGGCGGUGCUGCGUGACUCGUUUGUGGGCGACCAGGCGCGCACGGUCAUGAUCGCCAACAUCUCGCCCUGCUCCAGCAGCGUGGAGCACACCCUCAACACGCUGCGAUACGCGGACCGCGUCAAGGAGUUGCGCAAGGACAAGGCGGACCGCACGCCCGGUGGCGUGACCCCGGGUGACGACGCCUAUUAUGCGGCGGUGGCGCGCGCGGCGGGGCCCGGGCAAGCGGCGGCGCCCGCACCGGAGCGGGAGCGGGAGCGCGCGGACCUGCAGCGGGAACGGGACCGCGAGCGCGCGUCGGACCGCUACCCCAGCCCACCCCGACAACAGGCGGGCGCCUUUGCUGGCGGCGGCGGGGGCGGGGCGGGCGCGGACGGCGAGGGCUCCGCCGCGGCGCUAGCUGAGCGGCAUGACGAGCUAAUGGACAGCAUCCUGCUGGAGGAGGAGAACCUGGUGGCGUUCCACCGGGCCAAGCUGGAGGAGGACAUGGAGACCAUGCGGCAGGAGAUGGCGCUGCUGCAGGAGGUGGACAAGCCCGGCAGCGAGAUCGACCACUACGUAGAGCAGAUGAGCGCGCUGCUCAACAUCAAGCGUCAGGGCAUCCAGGAGCUGCAGGCCAAACUGGACACAUUCAAGGCUAAGCUGCGCGAGGAGGAGGCGCUCAGCCGCACCGUGCACAAGAUCCGGACAUAGGCUAGCUACAUAGUGCGCGAGAAUGCAGGCGCGGUGGCCCGUUUCAGCGGUUGGCGACGUACGGUAGUAGUAAGCAGGAUGGGCGGCAUGAGGUGCAGACUCAGUAGGCUCAUCUAAUUCGCGCAGUAGUACGCGUUUCGCGUUAGCUAUCCCCAGCAGAUAGGGGCGUAUGGCCAAGCUUGUCCGAGAACCUAUGGUUUCGGACAGCACGGCGUCUGGCGUGCUUAGUGGCGUGUCUAGCUGCAGCUGGGGUUCUUUCUUUGCACACGGUAAGCAAUUCUUGCUUACUCGUGGGGAAACUGCCUCCUUAGACGUAGAAGAACCCGGCGUCAGGGAGCCGAGCACCAUACCAGGCAUAGAGAAGCAUACGAGCAUAGAGAAGCAGACCAGUGUUGGCAGGUCGGGGGAGAAGCUGUUGGGGUGCAGAGAAACGCAGAGACGCGAGUUUAUCUUGGAGACUCAGACUCAGAGGCGCUGUAAUGGCGUCUCAGCAGAUUGCAUUUGGUGCAGUCCUGUGCAAUGCAGCUUUGGUGGUAUAGUGUGGGGUACUUGUAGGAAAGGCGCGGAUUCGAAGACUUGGGAGGGGGCCUCUCUCCGUGCAUUUGGCGCGCACGAGGAGUGACUUGCUACCUUGCUUG